AGUUUUCCCAGUCAACACACACGCACGUCUCCCUCGAUCAUGGCCGCCCCACGAUCUGUCGUGGGCUCGAGCCUCCACUCUGUAAAGCUAUAUGUACUCCCUCUCUGAAUGAAUCAAGCGUGGUUCAAUCUUCCUCUCUCAAACACCUCCCCUCCCUACAAGGCUACAACCCCGGCGCUCGCCUCCGCCUCCACGCGCGCGCGCCAUCCGUCACCUAGCAGCCUCGUCUCCGAGGCUGCUACACCAGCGACCAUCCCAUUCAUGCGGCACGCGGCUAGGAAAGCUGCGGCCGCGCUGCUAUCGCCGCCGACUCUCCCGUCUCCCUCCUCGGCGCCGCUAUCGCCGCCGUCUCCCUCCUCGGCGCCGCUCCUCCGGUGUCCCCAGUCCCUGCCCGAGGCAGGAUUGGGACGGAUUCCCCGCGAGCGCGUCCCCACUCCAAUCCCCUUCGCGAGAGGCUGUCACUUCCAUGAUGCACGCUGGCUGCUCGACGAAACGCCCAAGAGGAGCGCGGCCGCGUGGACGGCGGUCAUCGCGGGCUGUGCACGCGCCGGACGGCACGCGGAUGGCAUGGGCGCGUUCGCGGAGAUGCUGGCAGAGGGUGGAGCUGCGCCGAACGCGUUUGUUCUCGCCGCCGUCCUCAGGUGCUGCUCGGGGCUCGGCGACGUGGAGUCGGGCAAGCGCAUCCAUGGGUGGCUGCUGAGGAACGGGGUGCAUCUGGACCGGGUUCUGUGUAAUGCCGUUCUGGACAUGUACGCCAAGUCUGGAGACUACGAGCUGACUAAGCGGGCAUUCAGAGCCAUGGUCGAGGUCGACGCCGUCUCCUGGAACAUAGUGAUCAGCGCGUGUCUGCAGAGCGGCGACAUUCUUGGGUCGACGCAGCUGUUUGAUGAGUCGCCGGUGCGAGACACUUCGAGCUGGAACACAAUCAUCAGCGGCUUGAUGCGGAAUGGGUGCGCUGCCAAGGCGCUGGACCGCCUGUACCAUAUGGCACGAGCUGGGGUGGAGUUUAAUCACUACACAUACUCCACGGCACUUGCCUUGGCUGGCAUGCUUUCUAUGCUGGACCUCGGUCGGCAGCUCCAUGGCCGUGUGCUGACAUCUGCACUGGAGGCUGACGCAUUUGUUCGGAGCUCUCUCAUGGACAUGUACUGCAAGUGCGGCUCAAUAAAGACUGCUGUGUUGGUCUUUGAGAGAUGGUCGCAUCUUACCGGCGACAUGAAAUUUGCAUGGAGCACAAUGAUCGCUGGAUACGUCCAGAAUGGCAGGGAGGAAGAAGCUUUUGAGUUCUUUCGGUUGAUGCUGUGUGAAGGGGUUGCUGCGGAUCAGUUCACCCUCACCAGUGCAGUUGCGGCGUGUGCAAAUGCAGGGAUGGUUGAGCAAGGCAGGCAAGUGCAUGGAUGCAUCGAGAAGCUAGGGCACAGUUUUGAUGCACCAUUGGCAUCUAGCAUCGUCGACAUGUAUGCUAAGUGUGGCAACCUUGAUGACGCUUGCAGGAUGUUUGACAUAGCUCCCACGAAGAACGUUGCUCUCUGGACUUCAAUGCUGUGCUCCUAUGCGUCACAUGGGAAAGGUAGGAUGGCCAUAAAACUCUUCAACAGAAUGACUGCAGAAAAGAUCAAACCAAAUGAGGUCACCCUUGUCGGUGUUCUAUCUGCCUGUAGCCAUGGCAGAUUGGUCAGUGAAGGAGAGCACUUCUUCAAGCUAAUGCAAGAAGAGUAUGGAAUUGUUCCGAGCAUUGAGCAUUACAAUUGCAUGGUUGAUCUUUACGGUCGAGCUGGACUGCUCGACAAAGCAAAUAUCUUCAUCAAUGAAAACAAGAUUAAGCACGAAUCUAUUGUUUGGAAGACACUACUGUCAGCUUGUCGAGUUCACAAGGACAUGGAGCACGCAAAACUUGCUUCUGAAAGUUUGAUUCAACUGGAGCAAUGUGAUGCUGGAUCAUAUGUUAUGCUGUCAAACAUGUAUGCCACUCACAGCAAAUGGCGCGACAUUUCGAAGCUCAGAAGUUUGAUGCUGGAAAGGGGGGUUCGGAAGCAACCCGGACGGUCUUGGAUCCAUCUGAAGAACACCGUGCAUACUUUUGUCGCGGGGGACGCGGCACACCCGAGAUCAUCUGAAAUUUAUACUUACUUGGAGAAGUUGAUGGAGAGACUAAAGGAACUGGGGUACACUAGUAGAAUUGAUCUUGUUGCUCAUGAUGUGGAGGAGGAACAAAGGGAAACAGCUCUGAAGUUCCAUAGUGAGAAGCUUGCCAUGGCAUUUGGGAUCAUCAGCACUCCUAGUGGGACUCCACUUCGAAUCUUCAAGAACCUGCGUAUUUGUGUGGACUGUCAUGAAGCAAUCAAGUAUGUAAGCCGAGCCACAGAUAGGGAGAUCGUUGUACGAGAUUUGUACCGGUUUCAUCAUUUCAAGGAUGCGAAGUGUUCUUGUGAGGAUUUCUGGUGAAAGAUUUACCUCAACAAUUUUGGUGGCCAAAUUUUCACACGUGGGUCAAA